AUGGAUGUAAUGAAAUCGAUGCUCGGUGGCGGCAAAAGUGAGGGCGGCAGUGAAGAUGGCACACACCCCGAGGGCAGCGACAAAAUGCCGAGCAGAGAGGAAAUGGUCAAAACCAUUGAGAGCCUUCAAAAGGCUCAAAAAGCCCAAUCCACAGCCAACGACCUAAAGUCUAGAGCAAUGGCACUUACCGAUUCAAAACAACGGGAGAAAAUGCUCAAGGAAGCGUUCGACAAGGAAGUGGAAGCUCACGGACACAGCAAGAUGGCGAGGAGGCUGCAAAGUGGCACCUGGCAAGGCUUUGGGUUUGGAGGAGGGAUUGGUGCCGCCACCGGACUGGGUAUUGGAGCCGGAGUGGGAACGGUAUUGGGUGCUAUCGCAGCAGUUCCGACCACAGGAUUGGGCCUGUUAAUUGGAAGCGGGGUUGGUGCCAUCCAUGGACCAUGGGUAAAGUUGGGUGGAAAAGAGGAAAAGUUCGAGGACGCUGAUCCUGAAAAGGUGGCUGAGGCACUGGAACAGGAAGUAAGCCAACAAAAAAGGUCAGAAGUCGAACAGGCAGCAAUCGCUACCGCAUCAGAGACAGAAAGGUCAGGGGAAAAGGAUAAUGCGGAGGAAAAACCACGAAGAAAGCCACCGAAGUUGGAAAUUAGGUCGAAACAAUCCACAGAGUCCGACCAGCAACCCAAGACAGACGUAAACCAGAGCAAGAAUAUCAAGGAGGAGUCGAAACCAAGGAGAAAACCGAAGAAGCUGGAGAUACGGUCUACGAAGAGUAGCACAACUACAGUAUCUUGA